AUGAGCAGCAGUCUCCGCAAGCUCAAAGCAUACAUGACGGGCGGCGUAUCUGACCCCGCGACCGGCCUCCAGGCCGCGUCCAUUCCCGUCUCGGAGGCCGACUGCAGAAAUUGCGCCAAUCCUUGCGACCAAGGGCAUGAUGAAUAUCCAUCAAGGUUUGACGUAGAUAUGGAGACACAAAUGCUCGGUUCCGUGAAGCCUUACGCUCGGCAGCUGGUCAUAUCCACAGGAAAGUCGGACUGGGAGAAAGAGGUAACCGAUGCACAGGGCACUCUUGCGGCAUACCUCAGCGGUGCUCGAGGAGAGCGCCCUCCCAAGUCCAAGUCCAAACGAGCGGGAUUGCAGGAUGAAGCUGGGGGCGCGGUUGCGGUUCCCGGUGUCUACAACUCCUCUGACGCUUCGAAAGUCACGCUUUUGAACGGGAGCCAUAACAGCAUCAGCGAGGACCCGAUGCACGACACCGUCUUCGUGUUCCCCGACUACAAGGUUGUCACAGAGGUCCCUCGGAGUGAAACCGGUGCGAAGCAGCUGUGGAAGUCUAUCGGAAGCAACGGGGCCCCGCCAGAGAGCGGCGAGCUGAAGACAUGGGUGCUACCUUAUUCCUGUGUGAUCAUGCUUUGCUCGCACAAGCGGAGAGACAACCGCUGUGCCAUCGCCGCGCCCAAACUUGAGCAUAGUCUCACCCUCGCUCUAGAGCGCGAAGGCUGGGAGGUGCACACCCAGCUGGAGGACCCCGCGCUAUCAGGCACGCCGCUGGAAGAGCUCUCCGGCACGGAUGAAGACAAGCAGGCCGAGAUCCUUCGACGGCUCAAGAACGUGUACGCGGAACAUGCCGAUCAAAAGCGUGCGCUCAUCAUCCGUAACUCGCACAUGGGGGGACACAAGUUCGCAGGAAACAUAAUUAUCAACAUGCCUCAGGGAGCAUCGGUCUGGUACGGACGCGUGACGCCGCAUGAAGUAGAUGCCAUCGUCAAAGAGACAGUUGUCGGCGGAAAGAUUCUCCCACCUCUCCUUCGUGGGGGUCUCAAUCUCGUUCGCCCAGGGCACACGAGUCUCCACGAUUGGUAA